AAUUACAAAGGUUUUCAAAUAAAAACAUUUUAAUUCAUUUUUAUUGCUAAUUUUUCAGUGAAUGUGUAUAAUGACGACUACAAAACCACAGAAAGAUAAACCACAUGCUUUAAGCCCGCGCCUGGCGCCGCGACCCACAGCCGCUUCUGCGGCACGAGCUGCCCGCAACGCCAUGAACCGUAACCUUGCUCUGCCAACACAGCGUCAAUCGCCUAUGCGAUCUCCACCAUCUCCGAGUUCUUCGAAGAUUCGAACUGCUAUCUCACGUAACUGCCCAAGAUCUGAUUCAAAAACAGAAAUGAAAAUUAAUAGAAAUUGGGACAGCGAAGUUCAACCGCCCGUUCCGGUAUUUGAUGAGAUACCUGUAAAACACGAAGUAGAACCAAUCAAUUUUACAGAAGAGGAAAUAGAUGUAGACCAGAAUAAUACGCAACAAGUUACAGAUAAUAAUGCUGAUGAUUUGCAAUAUAAUAGCUUGGAUUCAUUUGGUUUGGUAGAUACACAAAACGAGGGAGAAAAUUCAAUGGGCGCUAUAUUAGAUUCAGAAACAGAGCAAGCCCAGAGGAAGCGUCCACAGACACCUGUACAAGAUCGACCACAAACUCCAAAAAGUGUUUCUAGUCGCCCUCAAACACCAAAAAUCACAAGUCGAUCAGGCACACCCUCAUUUUCUACACAACGCCAUAGUACUCCAGUCAGUCGCCCAAAUACACCAAAACGACAUACACCAAUAACAAGACCCAAAACACCGUCAAUGUCUGUAAACUCACUGCAGCGCCCAGUAACACCAGUAAUUUCUCAUAAUACUCCACCAUCUAUUAAAGAUGAAGACUGUCUAAAAUCGUCUUAUUUGGCAAAGCAAAAGCAAUUUCAUCUGAUGAAAAAGGAACUUGACCUAAAACAGCAAGCUGUAUUGGAAGUUUUUGACAUUCUUCAAAAUCUGCGACAACAAAUGUUACGGGAGGGUAUCAGUGCAGGUGGUGAAGGGCAAAAUGAGUUAGUGGUUUUCAAGGUGUCGGACUGGGCACCAAACGAAGUGUCGCAGCUUUGUCGUGAUGCAGCUGCUUCCUCUGCUACCGAUGGUGCUGAGGAACUUUUAACUACGGCUUCACCAAUCGAUGAAUGUGCCCUGACAGAAGUGUAUUCGAAGGUAGUAAAAAUUCCAGCAUGUUUUGCUGAACUAUGCCUUCAAGCAUUUUCAGCCCGACAGGAGUUAAUAGAUUGGAUUAAGAAAUUAAUUGAAAAAGAUGACAUUGUGGGCAAUGAAGCUCUGGAUAAAAUUGCCCAGUAUAACUCUCAGGGGCUUGAACUUUGUGAAUCUCUCCGAAACCUGAAAACACAAGCAGAUGACGCUUUAGAUAUAGUUACCUCACUAACGAAGCGAGUAUGUAAAGAGCGAUCUACUUUAGUUGCGGUGGGUGAAGCAUUAGUGCGAGAGGUGGCACAAUUACGCCUAGAUUUAGAUACUAACGUUCUAAAAAGUGAUUUGCGGGAAACAGAUAUUGAAAUUUCAAAAGAUCUAGAGGAAACACGUCGGGAAUUAGAAGAAGAGCGGGCUGCAAAAUUGGCUCUAAAAGAUAAAUUAGCAAUGACAGAGUCACAUCUGCGGCAAACGCGUUUGCGUGUCUCAAAAAUGGACCGUCAGCUCCGAGAGGCAGAAGCGAGCAUAGCCAGUCUAACGGGCACUGUUAAAACUUUAGAAGAUCAGAGUCGACAGCGAGAAGUACAAUUAGAAGCAAGGGCAAGAAAAUUAAAAGAAUCUCUGAAAACAGGUGAAGUAGCCAGUAACCAUCUAGCCCAAAAGCGCGAUUCUCUUCAAAUAGAAGUGAAUAAUCUCAGAGAAGAAAAUAAAUUAAUGACUAUGCAACACAAAACAGAAGAACAAGAAUUAAACAAGAAAUUAAAAGAAGUGAUGACUGCUCUAGAAGAAGAGAAGAAUUUAUUACAAAGAGAAACAGAACAAAAGCAGAAUCUUGAAAGCUCGCUCCAAGAGAGUCAAAAGAUCAUAGAAGAUUUACAAGCUAAAGUUAGUGAACUCGAAAACAAACAAAAUCCCGAUUUACCAACAGAACGAGAAAUGGAUUUAUGGGCUGAACUUCAAGCUACAAAGGAUAUAUUACGAGGCGCGGAAGAAGAAAUUAAGACAUGUAAAUCGGAAAAAGUGCGAUUUCUAGAGACUUUUACUAAAAUAGCGGACUCUGAGAAUAAAUUAGGUAUGCAGCAAAAGUUAACAGCUGAACUCUUAAACAAAGAAGAUAUAAUUGGUAAAAUGCAAAUUCAAAUACGAGACUUAACAAAAAAUAACAAACUGUUUGAACAAAAAGUAAUUCAAUAUGAGCAAUAUUUCCGCGAUUUGCAAGCCCACAAUCGCGCUUCAGCAAAAUGUCAGGAAACGGAAAAUGGUAUCACCUACCAAGAUCUUCAAGAAGAGAUUAUGAACAUGAAGAUGAGUCUCUUAGAUGCGGUACAUCGUAAUGAAGAGUUAUCAGAACUUCUAAUUCAAAAAGAUCAGCUACUUGAACAUCAGGACAAAACAUCGCGUGCCCAGGCAAGGGUCAUUAAGGUACGCGAGGAACUGAUAGAUAUGCUUAAGGAUAAAGAAACUGAACAAAGUCGCGAACUUACCGAAUUACAGCAAGAUCUUGAGCAUCGAAUGAAAAUUGUAGAUGAAGUAAACAAACAAAUAGCCGCAAAGGCUGAUGAAAUUCAAGAGCUGUUUUCGACGUUGGAGAACAAGCAGCAACAGAUCCACCGAUUGGAAAAAAUUGUACUAGCUUUAGAGGAACAGCAACGGCGUGCGCAAGCUCAGCGCACGCGCCAUGAAGAAAAAAUCGCAGCUCUCGAGCAUGAACUUGCAGCUGGGGGCAAUCGACGUGAGCGAAAAUUUUUAUUUUUCUAAAACUUGGAAUAUCCUUUUCAAGAUGGUCGUUGAUGGGGAUGGUCAUGGUUUAGACACGGAAAUAAACUUAUGCUGAUAGCUAGUGCAAUAGUGCUAAGCUGAUUGUUUCCUUUUUUUCUUCAAUAAAUCUUUUUUAAAAAGC